AGUCCGUCUGAAACCUGGAAGGUAGUCGCGCGCUCCUUUCUGUGCUUUCUCUUUUCUUGCAAGAAAUACUACUCUUAAAACGCUCUCUCAAGUCUCAACACAGGCAGAGGCAGCACCAUCUUCAUCAUCAUUCUAGCAUUAACGAGUGACAGUAUAAGAAGAGAGAGAAACCAGAGGAGGGAAAGAAUCCUUCUUUUUCUUCCGGAAUUUCAUUAUUCUUGAGUUAACGCAGAACUUAGUUGAGUUAAAUCGAAGCGUCAAUGAGUAGCGACUCGGGAGCUGAAUCUACCACCGCUUCCAAUGGAGCAGCAGAAAAACCCCAAAUAGAAAGAUUCCACCUUCCUACCCCUGAAGAAAUUCGCGGUCAAGAUAUCUGGAAUAACUGCGCUGUUCGCAGCGUUGUCAGUGGUGUCAUGGGAGGUGGGCUUGGGGUGAUGAUGGGGAUAUUCUUUGCGGCACUGGACAAUCCUAUCAUGCAAGAUACAAUGACUACCAGGCAGCAACUUGUUUAUACAGCAAGGCAGAUGGGUCAGAGGAGCUGGGGUAAUUGUAAGACAUUUGCAUUGAUGGGCUGUGUUUUUUCAGCUGCGGAAUGUGUAGUUGAGAAGUAUCGGGGAAAACACGACACCACAAAUACGGUGGUUGCUGGAUGUGUUACUGGGGGUGCCAUUUCAGCAAAAGGUGGUCCUCAAGCCGCAUGUGUUGGUUGUGCUGGUUUUGCUGCAUUUUCAGUUGUCAUAGAGAAGAUUAUGGAGAGAUAUGAAUGAUUCAACAACAGUUUGUUGAGCAAUCAGCAUCAGACUUGAUAAGUCUAUACUGGAGUGCUAAUGCCUCUAUAUUUUUGCUUGCUAUUCAUCUUAGCCUGAAUGUCUAUCAGGAUCAUUAACAUAUUACUUUAGAAUUCUUAAAUGUAAGUACAUUUCUUAUUACACAAUCGAAUUAGUCAAAUACCAGAUUCAUUUGUUAUAAGAAGGUAUUGUACCAAGUGACUGCUUAUGAUAUUAUAUCGGUACAAGUGAAAUGGAGUUUCUUGAAGGGUUCUUGCG